CACGACCGGCGUCCACGCGCACACACGUACAGCGCGGCGUUGUCGUUAUCGGCCGGCUUAGGAGGAGGUACCAGAAUCGUACUUACGUAGGUUACCGCAGUCGUGUAGUCGCGCACCGCCGCGGUCGUCGUUGCCGUCGUACCACUCAUACCGCGGUCGCAGUCGUAGUCGUCGCAACCGCCGUCGCGGUCGUCCGGAAGUCCGUGCGAAAUCGCUAGUGACCGUGCGAGGUUUUUUUCUCGCACACAUGAAAAUUAUAUUAUUAUUACGUGUAAGUGAAUAACACGACCGCAGUGACACAUCGCGUAAUACCGUUAUUAUAAUAUUUUAAUAAUUACCCCUGUGUGUUUCUCCAAUAAAUUGUUCGCUCGGAUUCGUUUCGUUAUUUCCGACGGCAUCGUCGUCGUGGCGAUCUAUACUAUAUUAUAGCAAAGAGAACCGAUCGACAUCACACCUAGAACAUACACAGAUACAAUUGCGUCACAGGAAACCUCCUCUCACCCGAUCCGGUGGAUUCCGGAAAACCCUGCAGACCCGUAACAGGGUUAUGCCAAACCGAUUGCAUUAAGAACAAAAAAAUAAAUCAAAAAGAAAACCAACUUUGAAAGUGAGGACGCUAAUUGAUCUACUACCGUAACAAAAUAAAACAAAAGAGUACAGAUAAAAACGAAACGAGAUAGUUUUCAGUCAUUGCCGUCAGUUAUUUAUUCGGAGUAUCUCACGAGUGUCGAGGAGGAAAACUUUAGCGUCGAGUUAAGCUUCACAUUAUCGAAUAGGAACUCGUGAGUGCGCUCUUGCCUGAAUAAGGCUCCUGACCACCCCCGAGUCCAUGCUGUCCGCCAUCGCCGCCGUAGUUGUUGCGACCGUCGACGACAGCAGCUGUGGACCUCGCGAGGAACUAGACGACACCGUCCGUCGUCAACUCCGCCGUGGGAGCCGGUCUACCUCCACUGCCGGAGCAGCUAAUGCCGCUCGCCAGUGCCGUCAUCUGACGACGAUCCGACCGGACCAGGUAGCUGGGCACAGAUGAAACCAUCAUCACCGUUGCAAUUGUCGUCUCCACCGUCGCCAUCGACAGCCGUCUACGGCUUGAUCAUCGACCGCGACCGGCUCAGGAAACACCUCGUCCAAAAGCACAGGGAGUCGACGCCGUCCUAGUUCACGUCGACCACUCGACGGGGGGGUGGAGGGCUCUUCGAUGUACGUGCGAUCCACCGAUACCGCAGCAGCAGUCGCCAUCACUACCACCGCCACCGACCGCACUGACGACCGGCGUCGAUUAUGAAGAAACACAAACGCGAACACUUGGAUUGCGGCUGACGACGAUAACUGAACUGCGGUCCCGGGGGGGACACACACGGUCACUCGCCACACACACACACUUACCUCAAACCGUACACAUACACACACCCACACACAUACCCAACCCACCCACACACACAAACUCACUAACACACAUCCAUGCCACGUGCCCACACAGGAUACCAUAUACGCCAUCACUACAUUAUACGAGUAGCUGCAGCUAUACGAUACAUACAUAAUACUGUUGUAUGAUACGAAUCACACGUCAUCGCGCCUCUCGCCCCUCGUCCACACUCCAAUUCGUUAAUUCCGAAUUGCUCACGCUAUCGUGUCGUUGAUACGCGAUUUUGUAGAUAAAUAUAAUAUAAUAUAAUAUACGAUCGAUGUGAUAAUAUGUUUUCGUUCGAGACCGCGACGUGAAUAUAAUAAUAAUCGUCCGAUACACGGCUGUCAUACCGUGACCACGGUCGUUGUCGUAAUAUUAUCAUCCGCGUCGUCGUGCGCGAGUUUCAUUUUGUCCGCCAAUAUGGCCGAAACGACACACUCGAGCAAACAUAGCUAACAGCCUACUUCUGGGUAACAAAGGUGCACCCAUUAUGCCAGGGGGCCGACGAGGUCUGGUCGCCCCUCAAAACACGUUCUUGGAAAACAUCAUCCGAAGAUCGAGCUCCCAACCAGACAGCAGUUUCCUUUUGGCCAACGCUCAGAUCGUCGACUUUCCGAUCGUCUACUGCAACGAGUCGUUCUGCAAGAUUUCCGGAUAUAAUCGGGCGGAGGUGAUGCAAAAGUCAUGCCGAUGCUCAUUCAUGUACGGCGAUCUCACGGACAAGGAGACGAUAUGCAGAAUAGACGAAGUGUUGGAGAGCCACUACAACGACCAGUUCGAAAUAUUGCUCUACAAAAAGAACAGUGAGUGUCUGCGCCGACGUGUAACGCAUUUAGAUCGGAUGCAACCGGCGCGAAACGAUCUGCCAGAAGAGACACCGUUAUGGCUGCUGAUGCAAAUAGCUCCGAUCAAGAACGAGAGGGAUCUCGUCGUGUUGUUUCUGCUCACGUUCAGGGACAUCACGGCACUGAAGCAACCCAUCGAGUCGGAAGACUCCAAAGGCGGAGAUCUGUUAGCAGGCCUAAGCAAGUUCGCCAAGCUGGCCCGGUCCGUGACCAGGAGCAAGACGCUGGUGUCGCAGUUCUCGUCGCAUCCCGUUUCCAUCAAGGAUUCUACCAGGCAUGUCCAGUCCCAUUUAGCGCACAUGAUGAGCCUGAACGCGGACGUAAUGCCCCAGUACAGGCAAGAGGCGCCGAAGACGCCGCCGCACAUCCUGCUGCACUACUGCGCGUUCAAGGCCAUCUGGGACUGGGUCAUCCUGUGCCUGACCUUCUACACGGCCAUCAUGGUGCCGUACAACGUGGCGUUCAAGAACAAGACCAGCGAAGACGUGUCCCUGCUGGUGGUCGACUCCAUCGUCGACGUGAUAUUCUUCAUCGACAUCGUGCUCAACUUCCACACCACGUUCGUCGGGCCCGGCGGCGAGGUCGUGUCCGACCCCAAGGUGAUCCGGAUGAACUACCUCCGGUCGUGGUUCGUCAUCGACCUGCUGUCCUGCCUGCCGUACGACGUGUUCAACGCAUUCGACCACGACGAAGAGGGUAUCGGAAGCUUGUUCAGUGCUUUGAAGGUUGUCCGGCUGUUGCGACUGGGCAGAGUCGUUCGAAAACUGGACAGGUAUUUGGAAUACGGAGCUGCAAUGUUGAUACUGCUGCUGUGCUUUUACAUGCUAGUGGCGCAUUGGCUGGCCUGCAUUUGGUAUUCCAUAGGACGGUCCGACGCCGAGAAUGGAUACCAAUACUCGUGGCUGUGGAAGCUGGCAAACAUCACGCAGUAUCCGUACUCGUAUAUAAUGACGGAACAUGCCAACACCACCGAGCUAGUACACGGGCCACCGCGAAAGACCAUGUACGUGACCGCACUAUACUUCACCAUGUCGUGCAUGACCAGCGUCGGUUUCGGGAAUGUCGCCUCGGAGACCGACAACGAGAAAAUUUUCACCAUUUGCAUGAUGGUCAUUGCGUCGCUGUUGUACGCCACGAUUUUCGGUCACGUCACCACCAUCAUACAGCAAAUGACUUCGGCAACGGCUAAGUACCACGACAUGUUAAACAAUGUCAGAGAAUUCAUGAAGUUGCACGAAGUGCCGAAAGCGCUGUCCGAGAGGGUCAUGGACUACGUGGUGUCCACGUGGGCAAUGACCCGGGGCUUGGACACGGAUAAAGUGUUGAAUUAUUGUCCGAAAGACAUGAAAGCGGACAUAUGUGUUCAUCUAAACCGAAAAGUGUUCAAUGAGCAUCCGGCGUUCCGGUUGGCCAGCGACGGGUGCUUGCGCGCCCUGGCCAUGCACUUUACGAUGAGCCACUCGGCGCCCGGUGACCUGCUCUUCCACACCGGCGAGUCCAUCGACUCCCUGUGCUUCAUCGUAACCGGUUCCCUAGAAGUCAUCCAAGACGACGAAGUGGUCGCCAUUUUAGGUAAGGGUGACGUAUUUGGUGAUUCGUUUUGGAAAGACACGGCGCUAGGACAAUCCGCAGCCAACGUCCGUGCCCUGACCUACUGUGACUUACACACCAUCAAGCGUGACCGGUUGCUCGAAGUAUUGGAUUUCUAUCAGGCGUUUGCGAACUCGUUUUCACGGAACCUCAUACUGACUUACAACCUCAGGCAUAGGUUAAUAUUCCGGAAAGUGGCGGACGUGCGCCGGGAAAAGGAGUUGGCCGAGAAGCGGAAAAACGAACCGCAACUGGAUGAACAACGGGACCAACUGGUCAGGAAGAUAUUUACCAAGUUCCGGAAAGACCGAGCUCCCAGUACGGUCGUCGGGAUACAACAGGGUGCGGCGGCCGCGUCGGGAGCGGCUGCAACAGUGGCGGGUACCGACGAGGGCAAGUCUGAGGGUGGCACUGGUGACGCUUCGGAUGGUGUCGGCGGUGCUCGUCCGAAAGUCUUGCCACUCGUGCUCAGGCAGCAGAGUGAAGACCCGCAACAGGCGUCUUCUUCGUCGACGGGCCUGAGAACAGUGGCGGCGCCCAAAAAAGUCUCGAAAUGGGGUAAAGUUUUGGGCGGUGGUGGGAGUUCUGACUCGGCGGACGUGUCGGUGGUGAGUGCGCAGAGCGCGCCUGUCAAGAUCCGUGACUCGCCGGGCCGGUCGGUCGGAAACGGUCACAAGGUGUUCCCGAAGCUGCAAAAAGUGCCGACCACCGCUGCCGAGCCAUUUGCUGGCGUAGGCGGAAGCCAGCGACAGGAAACGAUCGACGAGACGGACGAACGGACCGGUGUCGGUGGCAGCGGAAGUGGUGUUGGCGGUGCUGGGAGUGGUGCGCCGGUACCGGAAGAAGAACCCCCGAACGCAGCACCAGCUCACCAGCACCAGGUGACAACUGCGGAAGCGCCGUCACCGCCACCACCGCCGUGUGCUGCGAUGGUUCUGCCACCGCCACCCGAUCUGGACGUGCUGGCCAAGAUCGAGGACCUCCGGUCCGAUCUCCGUGACGAGGUGCGGUCCAUCAACCAGCGGCUGACGGCCAUCGAGGACAUGAUGGUCCGGAUAGUCGGCAAGUUGGACGCGCUGGCCGCUGCCUCGGCCCGCCCCAUCGCGUCGCUGCGGCACCGGACACGCCGGAAGCAGGACGCCGGCCUUGGUGCAGGGACCAAGAGCACGGACGACCUAAGUUCGCUAGCCACGCCCAAACUGCCGCCGAUGGUUCGGCGGCGGCGGAGCAAGUCCCGGACGCGGUCCUCGUCGUCCGUCCUGCCGCCUAUGCGUCCGUUCAGCCCCAGGGACACGUCGCCGCCGCCGUUUCCCCGGACUGAUUCGCUCAAAAAGCCGUGCCCGCCCCGGCCCAACGACUUCCUGUAAGCACGCUGCACAGGCGGAACACUAUACCGAUCACUGCAAAAUUACUAUUAUCGCCGUCACAAUAAUUAUUAUACUAUUAUUAUGCGAUAACGAUAUUAUUAUUAUUAUAAUUACUAUAAAUCGAUUACGUUUGUACAAUGAUGAUAAGAAUAUAAAUAUAUAUAAAUAAUAUAUGAUUACAUUAUAUAGCGUUUUAAAAUCGUGUACGACGUAAGGUGUUUUUUUUUUUUUUUUUUGUAAUUUAUUGUUAUGCGUGUGUUUUUUUUUUUUUGAUAAAUUGUUCUCGUUUUAUUGUACGUACACGGAUAACUGGUUAAUAAUAAUUAAAUGAUAAUAAAAAUACGAAAAAUAAACUUUCACGGGGAAGAGAGCUAUAGGUACCGAAAGUCUCGAUGGGAAGCGCAGGAUCAAAUAUUACCCAAAUGGAAAUCGCUUAAAAUUUCGUACGGUCGAAUAAUAUUUUAUGGUCUGUGUCACAUUAUCUUCGAUACACGUCUGUCACAUUUUUGUUUAGGGUGAACAGCAUAUUUUACUAUAAUAUUACUAUCGAGCUGCCCUUUCGAAUCUCACGUUUUUUUCACCAUAUAAUAAUAUACUCCCGUGACCGUUAUCUCUCAUCCCUGAAGUCCCCCAUGAAGCGGUCAUAGCUGCAGCUCUAGUCCCGUAAAAGAAAAUAUGUUGACUAAACUAAAACGAAGAAAACGACCAUUUACGAUAUCGUGACAUCAUUAUCCCACACCUGGUCAGUAAAUUUUCUAAAUUACCAUUAAAUUGUAUUAAAAAGAGAUAAAAAUAAUAUUUUUCCAUUUUAUUUUUCGACCACAGUUCCCAUAUCGGUUUGGACAAUUAUUAUUUCUAUAGGUUCGAUCAAAGUUUCUUUGUAAUAAAACAUAUUUUACUACAAUCACUAAUGAUAAUUUGAUUCAUUGUAAAUCUCGACUAAUAUCGGACUAGAGCAGUAAGGGACUUUGGUUUUUGAAUGUGGUGCAUUACAAUUAUUUUAUUUUACUUAAUUUUAUUAUGAUAACAAAAUAUUAUAACCUUUUACCAAAUGUCUACUACCAUCUAAUUUAAUUUAACGACUUUUAUCUUAAUUUAGUGCCUUCUUCAGUAUAAGAUCAGAUAAUAAUAUUAUACAAAUAUUUUAUAAGUAAUUUGAUAAACUUCUGGACUAAGGUAUCGUAAUGUCGGUAAUAUUAUAUAACGAAAUAAAUUACGUUUGAUUGUGUAGCUUAAAAUUUCAAAUUCAAUAGUGAACGUCAUACAGAGUUCCAUUUUCAAUAAUAUUAAAAAAAAAUAUGAUUUAUUUAUAAAUGUUUCGUUAAAGCUAAAAACCAACUGUUAAUAUAUGCAUCAUAAUAAUAUUAUGUACAACGUUGUAGUCGAGUAAACCAAAACUCUCUACAGUGCACAGUGUUUGAAAAUCUGAAAAAAAAAUGUUCACAAUAAAAUAAUAUUCUACUGAAACGAAAAUAAUGACCAAUUGCUCGCAAUGUCUCUUCUGUUUUCACUAUACAAACCUGCAAUCGGCGUAAAAAUUUCAAAUGCAUUUUUAAUAACCAAUUUUGCGUUGUCUUGUACUGAAAUCUUAAACAAAAUGUUAUGAAUUUUUUUUUCGCGCUCAGACUAUCUAACGGGAAGUGUAUUGUUUUGCGGCGUACAAAUUAAAAUUUUACGACGAUUCGCGCGAUCGGUAUUCCACGCCGAAAGUCGGUCGUCCGUAAAUCGAAAACGAAAAUAAAAAUAUACAGUAAUAUUGUGUUUCUAACUACCUACGGUCCAUAUAGCUGUGGACUGAGAUUGGUGAUGAACCACCUAAGGUACCCUCAGAUACAUUGCUAAUGGACUGUAUUGAUUAUUACAUUGUGGGCUGUGCAAAUUUUGGUCUGUUAUACGCACCGAAUUUUUUAGAGGUAAAAUAACAUUAAUUCACAGAAUCACUGUCGUGUAGGGAUAAUCUGAAAAAGUGCCUUCCGCAUUUAUCCCGUGGCGGGUAAAAAUGAAAAAAAAAAAUAUUGAAACAAACAAUUACAUAA